CCUAAACCCGACAGCCAACUUUCAGUGAAUACUCAGCUCAUCCCACUCACCCCAGGGCAUUCCUCAAUCCUGCACAAAAAUCAGCAUCGCCUGGGAGCCUCAACAGCAGCACCUCCACCCGCCACCGCCAGAGUCAUCUCCCACGUUCGUUCUCCACGCCCGGCAGCGCUCUGUCAUCGGCCAAUUUGCCGGCUCCCCGCGGUGCCAGGUCGUCUGAGCUUUCCGGAGCAGCUCGACUUUUUCGCUCCGUUGCAACAACCGCAUAACCAAGUCCUUUGACUGGGCUGACGCCCUGCUACUACCCCAAAACUAGCACUCGCCGUCUCCGACCAGAGGACCCAGUGCGCCAUGUCGACACCGCACGGCGCUUCUCCUUCCGCCUCAUAUCUCCAUCAAGACGCUGAACUGUACUCGCUCGACUUUCUGGGCUUGUCAGAGCUCGACGCGCCCAUGUCGGAUGUCGACUCUCCCAAACCAGCAGGUCUCGCUAAUUCGGCCCGGCGGAAUCAGGGGCAUGCUGUGGAUGCUGGAGAACAUGUCCAUGGAAAGUCGGACGUGGACGAAGCUUUCCAAGGUGGGAUCCACCAGAACGGAGGGCAUACGAUCGAGGUAGAUGAAGGGGUGAUGGACGGCAAGAAGCAGGAGUUCAUAUUCAAUGGCCACGAGUAUGAUGCUUUGCAAGCUGCAAUGCUGCAACAGCAGCUGUCCUCUUUCCAUAUGCAAUCACCUCUCGGCUUCGACAUCAACAAUCCACCCUUUCAUCUAUCACAGAUGCUCUCAUCGCCCGCUGGCCAGGCGCUUCAAUUGCAUAACAGCCAUUCUCAACAGAGCCACGCCUCGCGCGAGAACGAUCACGGCAGUGGUAGCCAUCAGCAUGGCGCGAGUGGGACGUCCGCACCCGGAUCUGCAGAACUGAUAAGCCCGAUGCACCUGGAGAUGCUCUCCUGGCAACACAUGGACGGUAAAGAUGUAAGGUAUACGAAGUCAAAGUGAUGGCAGAUGGACUGACAUGCACUGGUCAGUCAUACCAUGCUCCCGCCAUAUCUCCAGCUCUCUCACAUAAAACAUCUCACUCCGCCUACGAUUCCCCCGUGUCUCAUGCGCCUUACAAUGCCCACAGCCAUCGAAGCUCGUUUUCCGCACUUCCCACAAAGUCUCCUUUGGAGCAACUCCAAGAGCAGCAGGCACAGUUCCAGGAGCAAUUGGCCUUGCUUCAGCAGCAACAGCUAGAGAUGCAGGCGACAGCGGCGGCUGUUAUGGCGGCCCAGUCUUCGCCCUAUAUGCUGGGCCAUGGACCAUCGCCUUCUUCGUCCCGACCAUCGACUACCCCGGCUGUCACACAAUCGCCAGGUGGCAUUUUCUCUCCUCUCACUUCCCCUGCGCUGGAGGCGACCAACCGUCUUCAUCGGUCCCAUUCUGGCCACCACAACCACCACUUUUCCCCUGCUUUCAAUGCCCAGCAACAACGCACCCCCCACCCGCUCAGUACCAUGUCAUCCCCUGCUCUGAAUCCUGUCGGGUCUAGUGGUGGCGCGAACCAGACCCUGUCUCCUGCGCUCACUGCUCAAAACUCGGCGGAUAUGGAUCCAGAGUAUGUACGGGCGCUAGUUGGUAUGUUGGACAGUGGGCACACGCCCCCUUCGGGUGAUCCCUUGCAACCGCCUUACCAAUCGCCCUCCAUGGCUAGCACCUCUACUGCCGGCCAUACGACUGUAAUAUCCUCGCCCGCUCUCCAUGCCACGGGUUCUGGCACAGGUCCGCAUCGCCAAUCUUUGCCGUCCAAGACAAGACCCUCGCCGAUGCUAAAACCCACGAAUCACCGGUCCAACCAUCGCAAUUCUGUCUCUGGUCACUAUUCCGUACCGAGCAGUCCUGCUGUGACGAAAUACCAUCCCGACGCUUCUAUGCCUCCUACUGCUAUGAACUCCGGACUACCACCUUCAGCUCUCGAGCACCACAAACAAGUACAUUCCUCUGCAUCCACAACCUCUACCCCUUCGCCUGUCGAUCUCAGCCAGAUCAUGCCGCCUCCCCCUGUGCCUGCUGGGUCGAGCAAGAGUAGGAAGGGUGUCAUGCCGAUGACUCCUGCGAGUUUGAUGAACCUUGGUUCCGGCAAUGGGUCGAAAGACGGAGGACAGAGUGUGCCCCUGCCACCUCCACCCAAGAGAGCGGGCAACUCUAGCACUGGAGCGGAUGGCGGGCAGAUUACAGCGGAGGGGUCUGGGAGUGGACAAACGGCCAGCACGGAGAAAGGGGCAAAGAAGCAAGGUGGGAAGAAGGGGAAUGCGGGUAAGCCGGUGCCGGUCGGUGGGAAAAGGGCUCUCGCUGCUAGGCCGCAAGCUGUCGGUGUGCGAGUCGCGACCAAAGCCGCUGCAGCAGCGGCCGCGGCCGCUCUGUCGCUGGAGCCGGAGAAUCGCAAGAUCUCACAUAAGGCUGCCGAGCAGAAACGACGGGAUUCCCUCAAAGCAGGCUUCGAUGAACUACGUCUCCUCCUUCCUCCCAUCAACACUGAAGCCCUUGAUCCUCUUUCGGGCGAACCCAUUCCAGGAUCUUCUGCUCCUCGGCUUUUACCCAAAUCGUCUCUCGUACCGGAUGAUAACCCCAACAGGGGUGUCAGUAAGGUAGCCUUGUUGAGGUUUGGGAAUGAGUAUAUCGAGAAGCUGCAGGAGAGGGUGGAUAGGAGGGACGUCUUUAUCGAGAAGCUCAGGGAAGAGGUGGAGCGGUUGAGACAAGGGGGGCAGGAAGAAGUUCGCGGGGAGGAUGGGGAGGAUCUGUUGGACUAUGACUGGAGAGAGGGAGAGGACGACGAGUUUGGAGAGGACAAAGACAGUGAUGAAGAAGGUGAAGAAGGCGAAGAGGAAGAGGAUGUAAUGGACGAGGGUAUGGAGGUGGAAGACGAUGGCAGUGGACUGUCCAAAAGACCCACGCGCACAAAAUCGUUCUCAACGAGGAGCCCAGGCAUAAAACCCACUCGUCUGAGCUUGUCAACGGCUAGUGGUUCUGAUGCGACCACCACCAGAGGGAAGAAGGGCGAGUAAAUGCGGAUAAACAAACGAAUAAUAGAUAGAGCCUCGAUAAAAGGACAUUCAACGUCAUUGGGGCGAGCUGCGUGUUGAAAAGCGUAAACAUCAUGCGUAGACAUCAUAGCUGCAUGUAUAGCAUUAGAGAUCCUGA